UCAACAAACCGAAUUCCCAUCCCACCAGUCAGUUGUUUUCUGAUGUGUUGGUUGCUCUCAUCUUUAUUGGUGAUGAAAUUCGGUGCGAUUAAAUAGAAACUACAUUGGGUGAGAUUUAUAAAAGAUUCGAAGGAACUGAAAAAUUACAUAAAGGCUUUGCGAGAGUACCGUGAGUGGCGUAGUGGAGAAGCUGGGGUUUUUGGCGAUGGCUUCAACUGAUAUAAAUGUAAAAUUGUCCCGACUUUACCAUUUGGCGCAGAAGUUUAACAAUUUCUACUUAACAGGUUUUCAAAAGGGAGACAUACGUCCAUUCCUGGUUGAAGGCGAACAAGUUGGUCUUGUCAAGGCCGAUGUCAUCAAGCAGCUGCAACGUUUUCCCGAAAUAUUCUGCAUACGCAAUUGUGAAUUUACCAAACAGGGUAUAGUCGAGUUAAAUCCUGCAUUCCGUGACUAUGCUGAACGCACAAAGCAAGUCGAUAUAGUAUUACGUGACUUACGUUCUAAGGGCAUUUUUUCCGCACUCCAAGGUUGGCGUGAUGAGUAUUAUGAAGUGAAAUCGGAGUAUCGUAGCCUAUUGAAAAUGGAUCGUUCGGCCACACCAUUAUUUGGUGUACGCAAGUAUGGUGUAGAUAUUAAUGGUUAUGUACAACAUCCAACGCAGGGUCUUUGUAUUUGGCUACAACAACGUUCUAAUACCAAAGAGACAUGGCCGGGUAAAUGGGAUAAUAUGGUUGGCGGCGGUUUAUCGGUGGGCUAUGGCAUUAAAGAGACUGCUAUUAAAGAGGCAGCUGAAGAGGCAUCCAUUCCAAGUGAUCUGGUCAAAAAUCUCGUUUCAGCCGGUUGUGUUUCAUUCUUCUUCGAAAGUGAUCAAGGUUUAUUCCCAAAUACCGAAUAUGUUUUCGAUUUAGAGCUGCCAUUGGAUUUUGUACCACAAAAUGCUGAUGGUGAGGUGCAAGCUUUUGAGCUAUUACCAGCCAAAGAGUGUGUGGAACGUGUAUUUACACCGGAUUUCAAGACAACCAGCUGUCCGGUCGUUAUCGAUUUUCUAAUUAGACAUGGCUAUAUAACGCCUGAAAAUGAAGUUCAUUUCACACAAAUCAUUGAGUUAUUACAUGUGCCACUACAGUCGCUUUACACGUACAAGUCCGUUUUGGAGCAAAAACAAAAACUCAAACAACAAAAUCAAUCGCAACAACAAUCGCAUCUUGCCAAUAAUAUUAAAACCAUUGAAAAUGGACACAACAAUAAAGAUGCCACAAUAAACAAUUAAAAGUUAAUGUGCAAAAAGCAAAAUGAAAAAACAAAAACAAUAUUAUUAUAUAAAUAUGUAUAACAAAGACAUAACAAUUGCUGAUUAAAAGUAAAACAAUUUUUUGGUAGUAAACGAUUUGAAAACAGACUGCGUAUUUUACAUUUACGCUCGUAGGUAUUUACAUACAAACAAAACGAAUUAAUGUAUUUGCUGUUUAUACAUAUAAAUACAAACGUAUAUAUACAAUAUAAAACAAAAAAACAUAGUUUAGAAGAUUUAUUGUAUUCUGCGAAUGAGCUAUUUUGCUGCGAGUCCUGCGUGGAGAAUGCUAGAAGCUUGUGAGAUUCUCAAAUAUCUAUAUACCUACGCCGCCUAGGCCACUAAUUUCGUAUGCCUAUUUCGUUUUAUUGCUGACUUAAAGUAAUUUGCUAUGUUAAAGACAACUGAAUAAGAGAAAAAUAUGUAAAA